UCAGAUGGAGGAAACCUCCGAGUCCACAGCGGACUCUGUCUCCUCCUCUCAUCGGUUUGCUGUUCCCGGCAGAGGAGAGGUUGUGUUGAGGUUACUUUUUCCAGAAAAAGCUCUUCCUUUAGUUUCUUCAGGGAGCUAAGAUGAUCAAAGGACGGCUUUAUGAUUUUUCAGAGGUCGAAGUUUGAAGUUUGAGACCCAUCAUGGGGUGAAUCUGGCGGCUGGAGAGGAUGCUGAUCCGGUGAUGAAGGAGUAUCGUGAUCAAACUUGCAGGUAACCAUGGUGAAGGAGAGUCUCCCUAAGUGGGUCCAGCAGGACCGUGAGGACGGUCUGGUCCAUGUGAAUGUCGGUGGUCUAAAGAGGAGUCUCUGCUCCAGCACACUGAAGAAGUUCCCCGACACCAGACUGGGAAAACUGUUAGCCUGUGACUCUGAGGAGGACAUCCUGCAGGUGUGUGAUGACUAUGACGUGCAGCAGAAGGAGUUUUAUUUUGAUAGGAACCCUGGCCUGUUUCCUUACGUCCUCCAUUUCUACCAGACGGGUAAACUUCACGUGAUGGAGGAGCUGUGUGUUUUCUCCUUCAGUCAGGAGAUCGAGUACUGGGGCAUCAAUGAGUUCUUCCUGGACAGUUGUUGUAGUUACCGUUACCACGACCGGAAGCUGGAGAGCAGCCGCCAUCGCAGCUGGGAUGACGAGAGCGACGCCAGCAGCAUAGACACCUCUGUGGACGAGAUAUCAGACUUAAAAAGAGACAUGCAGCACUUCCAGGAAGUCCGUUACGGGAACAUCAGGAAGUGUCUGUGGCUGACUCUGGAGAACCCCGGGUACUCCAUCCCCAGCAAACUCUUCAGCUUGGUCUCCAUCGGGGUGGUGCUCACGUCCAUCUCCACAAUGUGCAUCAACAGCCUUCCAGAGUACCAGACGUUUGACACCGAGGGGAAGCUGAUAGAGGACCCCACCAUGCAGGCUCUGGAGGUGUUCUGCAUCUGCUGGUUCACCUUCGAGGUGGUGACACGGCUGCUGCUGGCACCCAACAAAAAGAAGUUCUUCCGCCAUCCUCUGAACAUCAUCGACAUGGUGUCUGUGGCUCCGAUCUACAUCACACUGCUCUUUGACCUCACCGUGGGGUCAGAGUCUGAGCUGGGAGACCUAGGACGACUCAUGCAGGUGUUCAGGUUAAUGAGGAUCUUCCGGGUCUUGAAGCUGGCCCGUCACUCGACCGGUCUGCGGUCUCUGGGAGCGACGCUCCGGCACAGUUACCGUGAGGUCGGCAUCCUGCUGCUCUACCUUGCUGUGGGAGUGUCCGUCUUCGCUGUGAUCGCUUACACCGCUGAAUAUGAAGAGGAUGAGGGAAUGGACACCAUCCCCGCCUGCUGGUGGUGGGGGACGGUCAGCAUGACCACGGUGGGGUAUGGAGACGUGGUGCCGGUCACGGUGGCCGGGAAGCUGGCAGCGGGCGGCUGCAUUCUGGGCGGCACCCUGGUGGUGGCGCUGCCCAUCACCAUCAUCUUCAACAAGUUCUCCCACUUCUACAGACGGCAGAAAGCUCUGGAAGCUUCGGUGAGGAACAACAACCGCAGGACGCUGAGGAUGAGCUGCGAGGAGGAGCCGGAGGAGGAGGAGGAAGACGAGGAGGAGGACGAAGAAGAGGAGGGGUCAGAUACAGACAGUAGGUGUCGGGAGGAUGAUGAAACGGAUGAUAUGGAGGAGGAUGUAGAUUAUGAGGAUGAUGGAGGAGUGAUCAACUACAGCUACGUGGAGCAUCCGUCUUACUCGUCGGUUCUGAGGAUGAAGGAGCUCAACCAGCUGUGACGCAGAGAUACUAAAGACACUCUAGCAUCAAACUUAAACUGUUUAAACUAGAUCCAAAUGAUUCUGAGCCUGACACAUACAGGGUUUGGCCAUCGUGAUUGGAGCGCACAAACAGGAAAAAGCAGCUCUGAUUUAAAGCUUUAAAGUAAAAACUCUGACUCUGAGCCCGGAGGUGGGAUUAAACUUCAGGUCUUCCAGGACGGACUGCUCUGGCGGGGUUCGGUCUCGUUAAUUCCUGCAUGGUGGUUAUGUUCAAGCUUUCUUCUCCUGAUGUGUUUCUCUGUUGAACGAGCGUACAGACUCACAGAAAGACAAACCGGACACUAUAACUGAAGCACUGUAUGAAUGAUGUGACUGACAGCAUGCACAUUAAGUGAAAUAGCCAAAUAAAUGAUAUCGUGAAACACUGUGAA